AUGAGCCAGCCUCCAGUACACAUUCAGACCGACUCUGGCAGCCCGGCGCUCAAAGACCAGCAUGGCGACCCCGUCGUGGUCGACGCGAGUCGCGACUCCAACUCCGCCCAGGAUCCGGAUGCGUUUGCCGGCGUCGACAAGGAGGCCCAGGCCGGUGUACAGAACGUUGAGGCCAUCGCAACUGUCUGGUCGACAAAGUCCAUUAUCAUCGCAUAUGCUCUGAUCUGGCUGGUAUACUUUGUCAUGUUGCUCCAGCAAGGCGCUGGCAAUGCUCUGAAACCAUACGUCACAUCAGCGUUCCAGUUUCACUCCCUGACACCUACCGUGGACAUUCUCAGUUUUGUCAUCAGCGGCUGUGCCAACCUGACAGUCGCCAAGAUCCUCGACGUCUGGGGUCGCCCGCAAGGCUAUGCCGUGUCCCUGUUCAUUGCCACCAUUGGCCUGAUCAUGAUGGCGGCCACGACCAACGUGGAGAUGUACGCUGCGGCACAGGUCUUCUGGAGUGUCGGGACGAACGCCCUCAUGUACAGCAUCAACAUCUUUGUGGCUGACACCACAGCCCUGCACAACCGUGGUCUCAUGACGGCCCUCACCUCCUCCCCAAACAUCAUCACGACAUGGCUGGGUGGUCCCAUCUCAGAAGCUUUCCUCCUGCAAGGGCCCGGAUGGCGGUGGUAUUUUGGUGCAUUUGCUAUCAUCGUCCCCGUCCUCUGCACUCCCUUUGUCGUGCUGCUUCUGGUGAACUCCUUCAAGGCCAAGAGGCAAGGUGUAAUAAAGAAGGAGGAGACAGGCAAGAGGUCGCCGUGGCAAACCUUUAUCCAUUACGCUCGCGAGUUUGAUGCCGUUGGUCUGCUCCUGCUCACCGCUGGUCUUGCCAUGUUCCUUUUGCCGUUCAACAUCUGGGCAUUCCAGCCCAAGGGCUGGCAAUCCCCUCUCAUCAUCUGCCUGCUGGUAUUUGGGCUGGUCUUGAUGGUUCUGUUCGGGGUCUGGGAGCGCUUCUUUGCGCCUGUCCAGUUUAUCCCAUACUCACUGCUCUCGGACCGAAACAUGGUCGGUGCCUGUGGUCUAGGCAUGGUUCUGUUCAUCAGCUACUCGUGCUGGACAAGCUACUUUAGCUCUUUCCUCCAGGUAGUCAACGGACUGAGCAUAACCCAUGCGAGCUAUGUCGUCCAGAUCUACAGCGUGGGGAGCAGCAUCUUCACCAUCGUCACAGGUGUGGUUAUUCGCUACACUGGCCGCUACAAGGCCAUCACACUCUACGGCGCGAUCCCUGUGUACACUCUUUUCAUGGGUCUCAUGAUCUACUUCCGGAAUGCGGACAUGGAUGUGGGAUAUAUCAUCAUGUGCCAGGUGUUUUUGGCAUUUGCCGCUGGUGUGAUGAUCAUCACGCCCCCGAUCGCCGCCAUGUCUUCCGCCUCACACCAGCAUAUUGCUGUUGUCAUUGCGAUUGUCACCAUGUUCUCUUCCAUUGGUGGUGCCGUCGGACUCGUCGUUGCCGGUGCCAUCUGGCAGUCGAUCUUCCCGAACCGACUGCUUCUCUACCUCCCGCUCGAGGAACAGGAGAACUUCCUGAACAUCUACGGCAUGCUCGAGGUCCAGCUGAGCUACCCCAUGGGCAGUCCUGCCCGUAUUGCCAUUCAGCGCGCGUAUUCGGAUGCUCAGGCGAUGAUGCUGACGGCCGGCACCGCCAUAUGGGUUCUUGGCGCUGUUGCGGUGGCUUUCUGGAGGAACACGGAUAUCAGGACCAUUCAGCAGGUCAAAGGCAACAUCAUUUAA